AUGUUCUCGUUGUUCCCAGUGGCCAUUUUUUUGACCAUCGCUUCGAUUGCCACGGCUGAUGACAACCCAUACACACAGUACCCAUCUGUGCCCAAGACUGCCACCAUAAACGGUUUUGCCGACCCAGUUUAUGACAGGUUGCCUGCCUGUGCAAAACAAUGUGUUUCUCUUUCUACUUCCUCCACACCAUGUCCAUACUGGGACACUGGAUGUCUUUGUGUGAUGACCACAUGGGCAUCUAACGUUGCCGACUGUUUUGCUGAAAACUGUAAGGGAUCAGAUGUUGAAGUGGCCUCCAGUGCCGCAGUUGCAGUAUGUUCUGCCGCAGGUGUCUGGGAGCCAUACUUUAUUAUCAAUGCUGCUGCUUCCAGUUCAUUGGCUGCGGCUGCAGCUGAAGUUGCUACUACUACUGAAACUAGUUCUGACCCUGCUACAUCUGGAGCUCCAGUUACGUCUGAAGCUCCAACGACGUCAGACGCUCCAGUUACUUCGGAUGAUCCAGCUACUUCUGCGGCUCCAGUUACCUCGGAAGAUCCAGUUUCUGUUACAUCUGAUACUCCAGUUCUGUCUCAGGUUCUUAGCUCUGUUGCUGCGAGCUCGCAGGCACCAAUUUCAUCUGCUUCGUCUGAAGUUGCCAGUUCCUCUGAGGUUUCUAGUUCCUCUGAGGUUUCUAGUUCUUCUGAAAUAUCUAGUUCCUCUGAGGUUUCUAGUUCCUCUGAGGUUUCUAGUUCGUCUGAAGUUGCCAGCUCUUCUGAGGUUUCUAGCUCUUCUGAGGUUCCUAGCUCUUCUGAAAUUUCUAGUUCUUCUGAAAUUUCUAGUUCUUCUGAAAUUUCUAGUUCUUCUGAAAUUUCUAGUUCUUCUGAAAUUAGCUCUUCUGAAAUUGCCAGUUCUUCUGAGGUUUCUAGCUCCUCUGAGGUUCCUAGCUCUUCUGAAGCCUCUAGUUCCUCUCAAGUUACCAGCUCUGAAAUUGUGAGCUCUGAAAUUACCACAUCUUCAGUAGCUGACAAUCCAUACACAAAGUAUCCAUCUGUCGCCAAGACUGCCACCAUCAACGGUUUUGCUGACCCGGUCUACGACAGAUUGCCUGCCUGCGCAAAACAAUGUGUCUCUUUCUCCACCUCUUCCACACCCUGUCCAUAUUGGGAUACUGGAUGUCUCUGUGUGAUGACGCCCUGGGCUUCCAAUGUUGCCAGCUGCUUUGCUGAAAACUGUAAGGGAGCCGAUGUUGAAAAGGCUUCAAGUGCGGCUGUUGCCGUGUGUUCUGCGGCUGGUGUCUGGGAGCCAUACUUUAUGAUUAAUGGUGCUGCUUCCAGUUCUUUGGCUGCGGCUGCUGCUGAAGUUGCUACUACCACUGAAAGUAGUUCUGACCCUGCUACAUCUGGAGCCCCAGCUACAUCUGAGGCUCCAACAACUUCGGAAGCCCCAAUUACAUCUGAUGCUGCAGUGACUUCCGAUGCUACAGGUACAUCUGCUGCAGUUACAUCUGCAAGUACUUCGGAUGCGGUUCUGUCUCUGGAUCCUAGUUCAGAAGCAAGCUCAUUCCUGGAGUCGUCUGUUUCUAGUUCUGAGGUUACCAGUUCGUUUGAAGUUUCCAGUUCUUCGGAAAAUUCUAGCUCGUCUGAAAUUUCCAGUUCGUCUGAAGUUUCCAGCUCUGAAAUUCCCAGCUCUUCUGAAGUUUCUAGCUCUUCGGAAAAUUCUAGCUCCUCCGAAAUUUCUAGCUCUUCGGAAAUUACCACUUCUUCCGAAGUUGAUAAUCCGUACACUCAAUAUCCAUCCGUUCCUAAGACUGCCACUAUCAAUGGAUUUGCCGACCCAGUCUACGACAGAUUGCCUGCCUGUGCCAAAAAGUGUGUCUCUCUCUCCACCUCUUCCACACCAUGCCCAUACUGGGACACUGGGUGUCUUUGCGUUAUGACUAACUGGGCCUCCAACGUUGCAGAUUGCUUUGCUGAAAACUGUAAGGGAGCAGAUGUCGUUUCAGCCUCCAGUGCGGCUGUAGCAGUAUGUUCUGCUGCAGGUGUUUGGGAACCAUACUGGAUUAUCAAUGCUGCUGCUUCCAGUUCAUUGGCUGCGGCUGCAGCUGAAGUUGCUACUACUACUGAAACUAGCUCUGACCCAGCUACAUCUGGAGCUCCAGUUACAUCUGAGGCUCCAACGACGUCAGACGCUCCAGUAACUUCCAGAAGAUCCAGUGACUUCCGAUGCUCCAGUUACUCCUGCAAUCACUUCGGAUGCGGCUCUGUCUCAGGUUCUUAG